AUGUUAAAUAACUUUUUAUCCCCCCUUCCCUUUUCGAUUUCUCUGUUCCUAGAAAGAAGGAACCAUGGCCUAAGAAUAAGAUACCAAAGAGGAAAAACAAAAAGCAAGUAAUCCAAACAAAAGGGAAAUGGAUCAUUCACCAUGAAGCACAUACAAAGAAGCUAGAGAUCUACACAAGAAGUAUUUUUUUACAGCAUUUUACAAUUUCCUGGCAUCAAUGUCCAAGUUGAAAUCGCCUUCCCAUCGCAAGCCCCUGCUUUCGACUCAACGUCUUCCCUCCGAAUCUUGCGCUCCAGUGUUUCCUCCAUCCCAAUCCCAUCAGGUGAUGAGUCAACAGAAAAUAACUCAAUAUAGAAUUUCUCAACCUUCGAUUCGAGAUUCAUCAGUAGAAUUUCUAUUUAUUUUUUUUUUGUUAUACUCGCAACAGCUUCCAUGAUGAAAGCCCAAACCCCAAAUCGUUUGUGGGAUAACCUUUAAUUGGAGAUUCAACUUGAAUACCAAUCCAUUUCGUGCGAGUUAAGGGCCUUGGCAGAGAUGGUCGGACAAGAUUUUGGGAAACACAAACUGGGUAAUACAGAUUCGAGUUCUCUAUUCGAAAGGGGGAGAUUCCAUGAUGAGUACUCGGCUAGAAGGAACGAGAGGUUGAAGAGGAAGAAGUUUGGUGAAAAAAGGGAGGAUUUUAGGAGGAGUAGUGUUUGUAAUCUGGGUGGUGCUGUUGAAUCUGGGAAAAAGAGGGAUUUAAAGAAACAUGGGAGUGUAAGGAAAUCGGUCCCCGCAAACUUCUCGAUUGGUGGUGGGAGGACUGAGAAUCACAAAUAUUCUCUGCGAGUGCGGAGCAACAUUAAGGCUAAUGAGGAUAAGAAGCCCAGUAUACCGAUAACCGCUGCGAGAUCCAUGGUUGAUGGAAUGUGAAAGGUAGGAGCUCCCAGGGUUAGAAAAAUCUGAGCAAUUGAAGAUGGUCUCUGCCUUCUUGUUCUUGGGGGUUUUCUAAGUUCAAAAGGAUUUUGUACAAUUUUAUUCUCCUACUUCUGGUUCUUCCCCUGAUUUUUGCAUCUAUGUUGUGGAGUCAUUAGCUCUUGAAUUUGAAGGAAUGCCUGAGGGGAUUUUCCAAGCUUUUAGUCA